AUGCCUCACAAACACACUAGAAGGGAGCACGACCCAUCAUCGUUCGACCUUCCACCCAGUCAGGUCGCUAGACCUCUGCCUGUCAACAAGGGUCGCAAUGCUCAACAACCUGCUACAAACACAAAAACACAACACGACGGUAUUUCUAAGAAAAGAAAGAAGCGCUCUGGUGACGAUGACACUCCGAGAGCCUUCAAGCGCUUAAUGGCGUUUGCUCAGGGCAAGAAGCAACGUUCAGGCCUGGAUGACGGUCAGUUCACAAACAAGAAGAAGAGUUCGAAAAAGACGGAGAAAAAAGAAGAACCUGGCGUCGGUACCACGAAGGUUGAAAUGCCUACGAUCCGCCCGGGAGAGAGAAUGUCUGACUUCGCUGCCCGUGUUAAUGCAGCUUUACCGUUAUCCGGGCUUGUCACGAAGACAGUUAGAGAUGGAAAGGAUCCUGUUGGACUCAAGGUUCAAAGAACGCGCAAGGAGCGCAAAAUGCACAAGCUCUACGAUCAAUGGCGCGAAGAGGAUCGCAAAAUCAAGGAGAAGAAGGAAGAAGAGCUUGAGUUGGCUGCUGAACGAGAGUUGGAUGAAGAAAUCAACGGUGGCACUUUUGGCACUUUUGGCAUAACGCGGGCGGAUAUGGAUGAGCCUGGGCAGGUUGGAAAGAAGAAGAAGAAGAAGGGUAAAAAAGGCAAGGGCGCAAACCAUGAAGACGACCCUUGGGCUGAACUGAAGAAAAAGCGAGGAGAGGCCAAGGUAGGUCUUCAUGAUGUUGCACAGGCGCCCCCGGAGCUUCCAAAGGUCGCUAGAGAGAAGUUGUUAGUGCGGGGCGCUGCCGUGGAUGUCUCCAAUGUGCCAAAGUCUGCAGGAAGUUUGCGGAAGCGCGAGGAGCUCCAAGGAAUCCGAGAGGAGUUGGUUGCUGCGUAUAGAAAAGGAAGAGAACAGAAAUUAGCUCGAUUCUCUUCUUCUUAA